ACGUUGGUUAUUGUUUCAUAACAGAAAGCUCAUCAAGAUAAGAGACAAGUACGGUUAUAUAUGUGAUGUAAAAUCGUAUAUAAAGUCACGCCAAGUAUCCAAGUUUAGGAAUGAGAACUGAAACAUCUGUGGUGUAGUAUCAAGCAGUCACUUGGUGCGUAAAUACCGUCGCCAAUGUCCCAGAAGACGUGUUGCGUUAUCGGCGCGGGCGUAGCCGGUCUGGCGGCCACAAAACACUGCCUGGAGGAGGGCAUUAUACCUGUCUGCUACGAAAAAGAUAUUGAUAUAGGAGGUCUAUGGCUGUACCACAACGAAAAGUCCAAGGACACCGAUCCGAGCCUCUACAACUCGUGCAGCAUUAAUACAAGCAAGGAGAUGACCUGCUUCAGUGAUUUCCCGAUCCCGCGAGACUUCCCCAACUUCAUGCACCACACCCACUUCCGGCGGUAUCUGGACCUGUACACGGAGAAUUUCCAGCUUCGGAAGUACAUAAAAUUGCAGACGAAAGUUGAAAAAGUAGAAAAAGCUGAGAAUUUUGAGGAGACCGGACAAUGGGUGGUGACAGUACAGGACCUACGGACGAACAAACAGACGAAAACUAAGUUUGACUUUGUGAUGGUUUGUAACGGGCAUCUUACGGAACCACUGAGACCGGAACUUCCGGGCCUCCGAGAUUUCAAGGGCAAGGUUAUUCACACGCAUGACUACAAGGACUUCCGCGGCUUUGAAGGCAAGAACAUUCUGGUGGUAGGCAUGGGCAACUCAGCGGCUGACGUCGCCUGUGAACUGAGUCGCCACGCCAAACACGUGUACGUUAGCACAAGACGGGGCGCUUAUUGUAUACAGCGAGCCGGGGAGCGCGGUCAGCCCUUCGACCACGUGGCAAUCACCCGCUUCCGGCAGUGUCUGCCGCACCAUCUCAUGCGACCUUACCACUUCUACAAGCUAAAUUUCCGUUACGACCACAAAAAGUACGGCUUAGCCCCAAAGCACAAUUUCGAGUCGGCGGCGGUGACGAUUAGCGAUGACCUCCCGAACCGUGUGCUUCUUGGCUCCAUGAGUAUUCACGAGGACGUGGACCGCUUCACAGAAAACGGUGUGAAAUUUGAAGACGGAUCACAAUUAGAGGAUAUCGACGUGGUCAUUUUAGGUACAGGGUACACAUACAGCUUUCCAUUUCUUGACGAGUCGGUUAUCAAACGAGAGGGUCAUUUUUCGUACCUAUACAAACUCGUUUGGCCGACGGAAUUGCACCCCUCCACAUUGGCAGUUAUUGGACUCGUCCAACCCUUCGGACCGCUGCCCCCCAUCCUAGAGAUUCAGUCGCGAUGGGCGACCCAGGUGUUUGCCGGUCAUUCAAAGCUACCGCCCCAACAAACAAUGUUAAACGCGGUGGAAAAAUGGAGGGAAUUCGUCAAAAAGAAGUACGUCGACUCGCCCAGGUACAGUCUUCAGAUUUACUUCAUCCAGUAUAUCGACGAAGUUUCGAAAUUCAUCGGUUGUCGGCCUAAUUUCUGGAAAUAUUUCUUCACUGAUCCAAAACUGUUCUACCGCGUUGUGUUUUGUGCUGCGACUCCGCCCCAAUGGAGGUUAGAGGGGCAUGGUCGAUGGAAGGAUGCUCGCGCAGCCAUAGAGGGCGUGGAGGAACGCACGUGGUACCCGAUGAAGACCCGGAAGUGCGGGGAACACGAGGCGGACGGCUUGUAUGACGGCUGGGUGGCGCUGUUCAAGAAACUGUGCGUUGUCGUCGUUGCGUUUCUGGUGAUGAGGUUCCUGCUGUCAAAUGGAUAUCACACAUUCCUAGUUAAGAACUGAAGCGUAUGGUUUUCAUGUGGACAAUUGAGAACGGAAGCGUAUUUUCUUUUAAAUUUUAAAUUUAAUUGAACAUAUAAUUCUUACACUCAGUUUGAAGUAAUGUUAGUAUAUAAAGUAUUGUUAUCAUUCGAAACGUUGUGCCUGCCGACAUUUUUAGCUCGGCUGUUUUUCGGAGAAAACCCGAUGUAUUGUCAUAGCCAGCUCGUCGUCCACCGUCCAGCGUCUGCCGUCCGGCGUCAUGCUAAAACCUUGAUAUUUUGCUCUAAAAUCAACGUGCUUCCACGUACAACUUUGAAACUUCAUAUGUAGAUGCACCUUGGUGAGUUCUACACGCCACACCCAAUUUUGGGUCACUAGGUCAAGGUCACUGGGACCUCUAAAAAAUAUUCUGACAAGCUUUCAUGUAUUCAUAACUGCACCCACAACCGAGCGUUGGCACCCGUUAUUCGGUGCUCUUGUUACAUAAACAUAGCGCCUAUUCUUCCGCGAAUGCGAAAUGAUUCGUGAAAUGACUUUACAUGUGUAUAUAUAAAACAAUUGAAUACUAGUGAUUGAAUGCUUAAAUAUAGUUGCUUUUAUAAAAAAUAUGUAUGUCAUCGAAUAUCGGCACUGGGCGCGUUUAGAAAACUCAUAUUUUGUGGUAACAGUGUUUAAACAAAAAGUGGUUACAGGUAUAUUAAAUUAAAUUUUUCUCUAAACGGUUAUUGGUAUACCACCGAAUGGACAGAUACAUUUUGUUAUGCCGUACUUUCAUUACAAACGAAAAACAACGGGUUCAUCAUAAUGUCAAACUUUUUCUAUACAUAUCACUUUCAUUACUAUUAUAGAAUACAUCUAAAUAGCAUAUACAAUCAACAAAAUACGACUUCUUAUUUUUUACGACUUCAAUAGUUGUGGGCUGCACAUGAUGCCUUGAUAAUACAGGUUACGCAUCCACAA